AUGGACUCUUCUCCGCAUAUUUAUGCUCUCCCACCGCCGCAUCCCUUCUCUCCCGUGAAGAGGACAGUCACUAAACACCGACUCACCAUCAGUUCUAUUCCCAUCACGCCUAUUAGUCCUACGAAUAUCACUACACCGACGAUUGCCGAUAUGAAUAUCAUGAAAAGGGCAGAUACAACGGCUAGUAUUAGUAGUAAUAGUAGUGAUCCUCAUCAUUCUCAUUCUCAACAACAAUCUGAACAACAUGCGGCCGUAAUAGUAGAAGAUCAUUCGGAGGUGGAUCCGGUGUGUGAUCGAAUUAUUCUUCGCACGGAGGCCCCAGCGGGUGGGAAUGUCCUCUCUGGAGAUAAUUUCAAAUCUCUUCUCUACACAGGCAGUAGUUUUGGUAGUCAUCUCAAUAGUAAUAGUAGUAUUGACAGUCUAUAUGGUCCAAUGGGUAAUAUAUAUGAUGAUACGGGGGAAUAUGUCCGCUUCAGUCUUAGCCCACGCAAUAAUAAUAAUAAUAAUAAUAAUAAUAAU